AUGAGUGAAGAGAGAGAGACCGGCAAGGAGGCGAGAGAUGCUACGACGGAGGAGGAAGAUCUUCUCUAUCGAAGCACAAAAAAACCUAAAGGCCCUGCUAUGGAAGAUCAACCUAUGGAUGAUCACAUGGCAGAGGAGGAUAUCCAGGUGAAUGUGACUAGCAACGGGGAAAAAAAGAAGGAAGAGUCAGGUGAUUCAUCUAACAGGAAAUUGGUGUCAUAUAAAGAUUCUCUUCUUGGUUUUAAUGGAGGACCCCAUGUUGCUGAUAGCGAUGAGGAAGAUUGGGUAGAAAAACUACGUAAGGAAGAGGACGAAGAAGAAGGGGAUGAGGUGUUUGUUACGGUUGAUGGUGAGGAGGAUCCUCUUUGCCCAACGUACUCUUUUCCAAAAGCCUUGCAUUUAGAAGGUUGCAGACCUUGGAGACAGGCAGUGAUUGUGAAACUUCUGGGGAAGAAAGUUGGAGUUAGAUUCUUACUCAAUCGUUUACUGAGAAUGUGGAAUAUCUCAGGCACAUAUGAGUUCAUUGAUAUGGAGAAUGACUACUUUUUGUUCCGAUUUUCAAAUAAGAAUGAUUACUCUCAUGUUUUGGAGGAUGGUCCUUGGAUCAUAGCUGAUCAUUAUGUGGUAGUUCAACGGUGGCGUCCAUUUUUUAAUCCUUAUGAUGAUGAGAUCAGAAAGCUGGCAGUUUGGAUUCGUAUUCCAGGACUUCCUGUUGAAUUCUAUACCUCUCAUCAUUUGUGGAAUAUAGGUAGUAUUUUUGGUCGCACAUUGAAGAUUGAUAGGAACUCUAUCAGGAAACGUGAUUCUGGUGAAGGUGAUAUUACAGAGAAAGCAAAGUUUCCUAGAAUUUGUGUCGAAGUUGAUCUUAGGAAAGGCUUUUUGUCCAAAUUUCGGAUUGCUGAUCGUAUCUUCCAUGUUGGAUAUGAGGGUCUCCACUUAGUUUGUUUUGCUUGUGGAAAGUAUGGGCAUAGAAGGGAUCAGUGUUCCCAUAGUAAUCUUCAACAAGAUACUACGGCUUAUUCUCCUGAAGUUUCUGACUCGGUGGUGCAUAAGCAGCCGGAAAAAGAUUCUGUUCUGGCAAAGGAGGAACCGUUUGGGAAUUGGAUGCUAGUGCAGCCGUUACGUAAUAAGGCAGUUUCCAAUUCUCAUCCUAAUCACAGACAGGUCAUUCAAUCAGGUUCAAGAUUUCAAGCUAUUGCUGAGUUGGCUCAAAAGGAUAAUAAUAUCUUAAUUAUUUCUGAUUCUCCAGUGAUUGAUUCAAUCAGCAUUGAACUGGUCUGA